AUGGCAUGUGAUGUUUUAGCUAUUCCUAUAACUACUGUUGCAUCAGAAUCAGCUUUUUCCAUUGGUGCUCGUGUGCUUACCAAGUAUAGAAGUUGCACCCUUCAUGAAAAAGUGCAAGCUCUUAUUUGCACUCGCAAUUGGUUACAUGGUUAUGAUAUUGCGGGUGACUUGCCUCCUGAGGUCAAAGAGGAACUGAUCCAGUGCCUGACCCGCAACAGAAAUGUCUUCGCAUGGUCCACCAAAGAGUUACCAGGGGUCAAGCCUGAGGUGGCGGAGCACAAGUUGCAUCUCCUGCCUGAUGCCCGACCUGUAAAGCAGAAAAAGAGGAAUUUCUCGGUCGACCAGAAUAAAAUUAUCAGAGCUGAAGUGGACCAGCUCAGGAAAGCAGGACAUGUCCGAGAGGUACAGUUCCCGUCCUGGCUUUCCAAUGUGGUCCAAGUGGCGAAGCCCAACAAUAAGUGGAGAGUCUGCAUAGACUUCCAAGAUCUCAAUAAAGUCAGACCUAAAGAUUGUUAUCCCCGACCCAGAAUUGAUCAGCUGGUGGACUCAACUGCCUGCUACAAAAGAAUCUACAUGCUAGAUGCUUAUCAGGAGUACCAUCAAAUCCCCUUGGUCGUGGAAGAUCAAGAGAAUAUUAGUUUUAUCACGGCAGAUGGUACCUUUUGCUACACUAUCUUGCCCUUUGGGCUCAGAAAUGCAGGAGCCACCUAUCAAAGGAUGAUGGACAAGAUCUUCCAGGAGCAGGCGAGGCGCAAUGUGGAGAUCUAUGUAGAUGAUGUACUCAUCAAGUCUCCCUUAGCUGCAAAUCUAAUAGCAGAUGUGGAAGAAACCUGCGACACUCUAAGACAAGAACUGUUCUGGGUUUACCUAUUUGCUACGCCUGAGGCCGUGGGGGCGGUAUUAGUGAAAGAACAAGACAAUGUGCAGUGGCCAGUAUAUUUUUUUAGUCAUCUAUUAAAGGGAGCUGAGUCUCGAUACACAGCUCUGGAAAAGUUGGUUUAUGGAUUGGUGCUCAUGGCUCAGCGUUUAAGGCCUUAUUUUCUGGCUCAUCCUAUUAUGGUCCUAACCAACAGUACUAUGGGUAAAGCUCUCACCAAUGUUGAAGUUGUUGGCCGGCUUAUCAAAUGGACGACCGAAUUAGGAAAAUAUAAUAUCACCUAUCAACCUCGCAUAGCUAUCAAAGCACAAGCCCUGGCUGAUUUCUUGACCGAAGUUCAUCAGACUGACUCAGAGGAAACCUGGAAAGUAUAUGUGGAUGGGUCAGCCACACGUCAAGGGAGUGGUGUCAGAAUUCUUCUGAUAUCUCCUCAAGAAGAUAUCUUGCAGUUGGUCGUGCGUCUGAGCUUCAGGGCCACUAAUAACGAAGCAGAAUAUGAAACCCUCUUGGCAGGCCUGCAAGCAGCUCGGCACCAAGUAACCGGUCACUUCAAGAUCAACUGCGACAAGCUGCAAGUAUACCGGGAGGCUUAUGAGAAGAUAAAAGAAGAGUUCAAAGAGGUCACGGUCAGCAAGAUUCCUAGAGCAGAGAACGACCGAGCUGACGAGUUAGCCAAAAUGGCCAGUUCUCUGACCACUUGGGUAAUGGAUAGGUCAAUGGCACAGACCUUUCUCAUAACCCAGAUAGAUUUGCAAAAUAACCUGAAUGAAAUUAUUGAUUGGAGAGCACCUAUGAUUAGUUAUCUUCAACAAAGUGUCUUACCGAAAGACCUGGAGCAGGCAUGGCUGGUCAGGAAAAAGGCCCAUGCCUAUGCCAUGGUAGUAGACCAAUUGUACAAGCGAGCAUUCUCCAGGCCUUUACUCAAAUGUAUAAGCGUAGAAGAGGCAGAUCAGGUCCUACGAGAUAUGCAUCUGGGAUGCUGUGGCAGUCAUGCUGGAGGGUGA